CAUCGGCGGCAGCGAAAAGGAAGGUCGAAUGGGUUGCGAAAAGUUUCUACGACUGUUGCUUACUAUGGGCUAAAGACCCCUCCUUAUAACCUUGAUGGUUUAGAACCUUAUAUGAGUAAGAGGGCAUUAGAGGUGCAUUGGGGUGUGCAUCAUCGUGGCUUUGUGGACGACCUUAAUAAACAGCUUGGGAAAAGUGACAUACUGUAUGGCUACACUAUGGAUGAACUUGUCAAAACAACAUUCAACAAUGGGAACCCACUACCUCAAUUUAACAAUGCGGCCGAGGUGUGGAACCAUGACUUCUUUUGGGAGUCUAUGCAACCUGGAGGAGGGGAUAUGCCCAAACUUGGUUUACUUGAGCAGAUUGAAAAGGAUUUCGGGUCUUUCACAAACUUCAGAGAGAAGUUUGUGGAAACGGUUCUUUCGCUAUUUGGCUCGGGCUGGGUUUGGCUCGUUUUAAUUUCUUUCAUUUGAUUGUUCCAGUGAAAGAGGCACGAAAAACGGCUUGCAGUAGUGAAAACGUCGAAUUCGAUCAAUCCGAUUGUGUGGGAUGACAUUCCCAUCCUCAAUUUGGAUAUGUGGGAGCAUGCUUAUUAUUUGGAUUACAAGAACGACAAAGCGAAAUACGUGAGCACGUUCAUGAACCACCUUGUAUCUUGGAAUGCUGCUACGGUACGCAUGGCACGUGCGGAGGCAUUCGUGAAUUUAGGCGAGCCUAAAAUUCCCAUUGCUUGAAAUGCCGAGUCUUUAAGCUCUCUAAGCUCGCGACUAGGAUGCAAUCAGCAGCCUUUCCACUUCGAUUGCAGGAUUUACUCGAAGCGUGCAAAUUAACCACAGCCCGUGUUUGCAGAGCUCCUUACAAAGAGGGCUUCGAACCCGAAUCUGCUUCAUUGAAUGUUACAGAUAGCUUUGUUUCAU